GUACCUUUCUUUUGCCAAACUAGCGAUGCCCACCAUGAAUCCAAUAUACGUGGGAAUCCUGGUUAUAGUCCUAGGCUUUGUUGCCGUUUACAGCAUUGUGGUUCUCCUUAGUCAUAAACCGAGACUUCCAUAUACUUCUGAGUUUAAAUACAAAACCAACGACGAAACUGGAGUUCGAUAUGAUUUACCACCAAGAAUAGAUAGCACUAGCGAAUUCAAAGAUUCCGGGAUCGAUUUAAGUAUCGUUAUUCCCUGUUAUAAUGAAACUAAAAGAUUAGGGAAAAUGUUGGACGAGGCUAUUAAGUACCUUGAGGAAAAUCACAAGAACAAGUAUGAAAUACUCAUUAUAGAUGACGGAUCAACUGAUGGAACGGACGAGUUUGCCAUUGAGAAAGCCAGAGAAUACAAGUUAACCCCUCACAUCAUGAGAGUGGUUCAUUUGGCAGAAAAUAGAGGUAAGGGAGGUGGUGUAACUCACGGAUUAUUGCAUAGUCGUGGAAAGUAUUCCCUCUUUGCUGAUGCUGAUGGAGCCACUAAAUUUUCUGAUAUUUCCAAGCUUGUUGAAUUUGUUGCAUCUACCAAUGAACCAGCAUUAGCUAUUGGUUCCCGUGCCCAUAUGGUUAAUACUGACGCGGUUAUUAAACGUUCGGUUAUUCGUAAUUUCUUGAUGUAUGGACUUCACACGCUUGUUUUUGUCUUUGGUAUCAGAGAUGUUAAAGAUACUCAGUGUGGAUUCAAGAUAUUUAACUUUGAAGCAGUGAAGAGAAUCUACCCCCAUAUGCAUACCGAAAGGUGGAUUUUUGAUGUUGAAGUGUUAUUGCUUGCUGAAAUUCAAAAAAUGAAACUUAAAGAACAAGCCGUUAAUUGGCAUGAAGUUGAUGGGUCUAAGGUUGAUUUAGCCAGAGACUCUAUUGCUAUGGCUAUAGAUUUGGUUGUUACGCGUUUAGCCUAUUUAUUGGGAGUUUACAAGUUGGACGAAUGUGGAAAAUUGAGUAAAAAAGUACAAUAGUUAAAGAAUUUUUGAUAGAACGUUUAUAUUAGACAUAUACAUAAACCAGGCUGGUAUAGGAGCCGAAAUACACAGUAGACUAUAAACCUAGAUUAAUGACCAUACUAAAAGGAAGAGGGCUGCACUUCCAGCCAGGGCUUGACCAGCACCAUUUCCGGAUUGUGUUGUUUUUGUUGUUGAACCGGAAGCUUGUGUAGUUUUCUUAGUAGACUGAGAACCAUUAGUACUACUUGUAGCAGCAGCAGUACCAGCAGAUGGCUUGGAUGUUACCGUGGUGGAUCCCGUAUGGUGACCACUGGACAUAGAAGCCAUAUCGUGAUGGUCGCUAGGCAUGGAACUACUAGCACUGCCGUGAUCUCCAUGAUGAGCAGCAGCGAUGGCUGCAAGAAUAGGCAUAAAUAAAAUAACUCUCAUUAGAACUAUUGUAGACUUAAUCGACAAACAAUUUUCCAAAAUAUACUGGGAGUGAAAAUAAUCAUGGCUAUUUAUACUUUGGGCGAUAUUAUUAAUAUGAUGUGCAUGAUCUCUGUUUGAUUACACUAUGUGUUCAAUUUGGUAUGACC